GGGAAGGCGUCAUUCUUAUUACAGUCUAAGUGAAAACAGCGAGGAACUUUCCAGCUGAAGAAAGAACAAGAAUGUUUCCUUUGGAGAGAAAUAGAGAUGUCAUCGAGCGGCCAACUGCCGCAGCUGAGGAAAUAUGUGACGAUGCCACAAGAGCUGCCGUCCAGAACGAGUCAGAGAUCAACUGUCAACGCAGAAUGCUGGAUAUCGACUGGAACCCUUACAUCCUCUUAUACAGAAUAGACGUCCCACAGCAACAUGUGUGUAAGGAGGAGGAGGAUGAGCAGCAGCUCUGUCACCAGGAGAGGAAGUCCAGUCUGGACCAGGAGGAGCCAGAGCCUCCACAGAUGAAAGAGGAGCAGGAGGGAGAGUGGAUCAAACAGGAGGAGACUGACACGUUGAUAAUGACUCCUACUAAGGAGGAAGACGUCCCACAGCAACAUGUGUGUAAGGAGGAGGAGAAUGAGCAGCAGCUCUGUGACCAGGAGAGGAAGUCCAGUCUGGACCAGGAGGAGCCAGAGCCUCCACAGAUGAAAGAGGAGCAGGAGGGAGAGCAGCUCAAACAGGAGGAGACUGACACGUUGAUAAUGACUUCUACUCCAGAGGAAAGUGAGCGCAGAGAAGCAGAUGGACAACAUGAACACCAGCUUCUUUCUCACAACUCUCAUGCUGCUGAGAAUCCUGGUCCCAAAGAGAACAAGCAGAAAGACUCAGAGAUAACUGUAAAAUCAAAACGUAGACAAAAGAGAGACAGAAAACACACAGAUGAGAGGCUGUACUCAUGUGAAGUAUGUGAAAAAGGGUUUAAAUAUAAUCAGAAUUUGAAACAACACAUGGUGACACACACAGGUGAGAAGCCUUACUCCUGCAGCACCUGUGGAAAAAGAUUUAGUCAGAAAUCAAAUUUGAAUCUGCACAUUCGUACUCACACAGGUACAAAGCCAUACACCUGUGGUACCUGUAGAAAAUCAUUCACAUAUAAAUAUACUUUAGACCAGCACUUAAAAAUCCAUACAGGUGAAAAACCACAUACCUGCACAAUAUGCAACAAAUCUUUCAGAUAUAAAAGUCAUGUAGCAGUUCACAUGAGAAGACACAAAGGUGAGAAGCCUUACUCCUGCAGCACCUGUGGAAAAAGAUUUAGUGAGACAUCAAAUUUGAAUCUGCACAUUCGUACUCACACAGGUACAAAGCCGUACACCUGUGGUACCUGUGAGAAAUCAUUCACACUGAAAUGUAAUUUGGACCAGCACUUGAAAAUUCAUACAGGUGAAAAACCACAUACCUGCACAAAAUGUGACAAAUCUUUUAGACUUAAACGUGGGUUGACAGUCCACAUGAGUAAACACACAGGUGAGAAGCCUUACUCCUGCAAAGACUGUGGAAAAAGAUUCAGUCAGAAAUCGCAUUGGAAUAGGCACAUUUUUACUCACACAGGUACAAUGCCGCACGCCUGUGGUACCUGUGAGAAAUCAUUCACAGAUAAGUCUCUAUUGGACCAGCACUUAAAAAUCCACUCAAGUGAAAAACCACAUACCUGCACAGAAUGUGACAAAUCUUUUAGACGUAAAGGUGAAUUGACAGUUCACAUGAGAACACACACAGGUGAGAAGCCUCAUUCCUGCAAAAUCUGUGGAAAAAGAUUCAGUCAGAAAACGCAUUGGAAUAAGCACAUUUUUACUCACACAGGUAUAAAGCCAUACACCUGUGGUACCUGUGAGAGAUCAUUCACGCAGAAAAGUACUUUGAACCGGCACUUAAAAAUCCACACAGGUGAAAAACCACACCUGCACAAUGUGCAACAAAUCUUUCAGACAAAAAGGUGAAUUGACAGUCCACAUGAGAACACACACAGGUGUCCCAUUCAUACUCACACAAGUAUAACGCCGUACACCUUUGGUACCUGUGAGAGAUAAUUCACAAAUAAAAGGUCUCUGGACAACCACUUAAAGAUCCAUACAGAACUUCCUAAACAUGUGGCAGGUCUCUCAGGUGCUGCCUUGAUGGUUCAUGAGAGAAGAACUGACACUGCUGAGAAGCUGUACCUUUGAUAUCUGAGAUCUGCUAGAAAAGAGACUUUGACCCUUCUACUUUUUCAUGACAAGUGUUAGGUCAUGUUACUGUUAAAGUUACUUGUAGUUUGUAUUGAUGUCCUCGUGCCAGUGUCAAUAGUUCCCCAGUCUCAACUUCUGCCGUGCAUGUGGAGCCAGGAUCCUGUCACUUUACUGAAAAUUGUCCAACUGAUAAAACUGCCAUAAAUGCCAGGUUAAAGAACAGCCAUGAAUCUCUUUCUCCUGUCAGUGUCAUAAAUCACACCUGGCACAGAGACAUCACAAACAGCUCUCUACUGUCAUUACCAACAUCUGUGCAUAUAGCCCCCCCUUGUUGGCUACCCUCUUUUCCAACAAUCUCAAGCAUCUUCACCAGAAUGCCUCACUGCGCCGCUGUGCCAUCAAGAGAAAAUGAGGAUAGUAGAACUCCCACUGUGUCCUCUUCCACCCAUCCUGCCAUGAUUCCAGUCAGAAUCAGUGACAGGAGGAUUGUGAAAUCUAGACAGGCUGUGAGCAAUCAUGGUAUUCAUGUUAAAAAUCAAAUGAAAACUGUGGCAAAUCAGACUCCACCACCCCCACCUGCUGCUUGGAAGUGGCCUUCCUUGAUGUUAGAUCCUUGGUUAACAACAUUUCUGCUUAAUGACAUCAUUCAUGAAAAUAAACCAGACUGCAUAAUUCUAACAGAAACAUGGCUUGAUGCAACAGGUAACAAAGAGCUGAUUGAAACAGCACCUACUGACUUUAAAUAGGGGGGUAAAUUUGCUUGAAUUGUUGAUUGCUUUUGUUUCUUUUUUAAUCUUCUGUAAAGCACAUUGAGUUUACAACUGUAUGAAAUGUGCCUUACAAAUAAAUUGAAUUAUGUUCCCAGAUUACUGCCAUUAAUAACAUUCCUGUGUUACAUAGUGAGAAAAGUAAGACGUGAAGCCCAGUUCAGACCAAAGAUUCAUGACACAACCAGACAGAACAGCUCCAGUCAGACCAGCUGAUGGUGUUGUCAGUUUCAGCUUGCUGGGUUGUAAAUCUUUGGUCUGAUCUAGGAUUUAGAGUACUUUUGCUUUACUGAAGAUUGAAAUGUUUUUGUGACUUGCUACACUGUGCAUCUUCAUGCAGCUUUAUAUAAAGCUCAUUCUCUGCAGUUUAAUAACAGUACAGUUCUUCAUUUCAAUAAUAUGACAGCAAACUUAGAUCAGAGGUAUACAGUAUUAAACAGCUGUUUGAAUGAAAACACUACAACACAAGCUUUUGAACUUUUCUUUCAUGUUGAUGUUUUUCUUGUUCUUUUUGUUCAGAAUUGAACAUCUAACAGAUUUUUCCGUUUUUCAAUGAAAUGUUUCCAUAGCAGUUGUUGUUGCCUGAGGAGAAUGUCCACAAGUGGGAUCCACUGGAAUGAACUGCAAACCUCUGAAGAAUUUGAUUUUGGAGGCCACUGCUAUGCUUGAAGUCAGUGUAAACAAGUAGAAUCCACUGGAAUUAUCCACAAACUGAUAGAGAAAUAUGUUUUACUGAUAACAUUAGAAUAAGCCAUGGCGCCAUAGAAACAUAGGUGAGGAAAUACGAUUUUAGCUUUGUAUUUGUGCUCAGAGAUUCUGAUAUUGAGACGAAAAAUUGAUAUGAUAUGUUAAAUAAACGAAGAAUAACUAAUAUUUCUAGAAUGAGUCAUCAUGGGCUAAGGUUAGCUUACAUUUUCUGUUUCUAAGUGAGUGGAACCAACCGCCAGAUAUUCACAUCUGUGGUCAAGCUCAUAGACAUAAUACACGUAGACGCCUCACUGACUGUGUUUUCCCGCUGCCGAGAUACGUCAACGUGUCCGCCAUAUUGCCAGAGGCCAGGCCGUUCCAUAAACAAGUGCAAGAAUAUAUAGGGAUGAAGGGUUUUCUGAUUACAAAGCACACUCGUUUACGUUUAAGUGAUGGUAAUGAGUCGUUUAUAAAAUGUUUUACAGGUAUUUUUUUUUGUUAAUUAAAUGAUUCAAAAUGACUACCAGAGAGCCAAAAAAUGUAGAUAAUUCAAGUAUUAAUAUACUGCAACUGGAGGUGUGUCAGUGUUUCUUGCUUUUUCAUGCUCACAGAAAAUUUUAGUAAAUUAUUUUCACGAUAACGUGCCAUGAUUAAGUUACUAUAAUAUAUAUAUAUAUAUACAGUGCUUAACAAAUUUAUUA